AUGACUCUAUUCUGGACUUUCAUUCUAAGUCUUUGUCUAUAUACAGGAUAUAUAUGUACAGAAGAAGACACAAAUGAUGAUGUUGCAAACAUUCACAGUUCACCAGAAUGUCAGUGUUCUGAAUGGGAAGCGUGGUCUGACUUCAGCGUAUGUUCAAAGCACUGUGGCCGUGGGAAGCAAGGGCGAAGCCGAACUCGUCAUUGUAAUCAAACCGUUGUGCUGACACCAGAAGGAGAAGUGUCCUGUACUCGGAACAUGACUCAAUAUCGAUUCUGUAACACUCAGGAUUGUGGAUGUGACAUAGUGUGUAGUCCGUGGAGUGAAUGGACUAAUGGGACAUGUUCUGUGUUUUGUGGGGGAGGAUCUUUCCCGCGGAUAAGAGACCGGAGGUGUCAGGGUAAUCAGGGAUGUCUUGAACAAGACCACCAACUAACGCCUUGUAAUUCACAGCCAUGUUCACAAUGUUCCUGCGAUCAGUGGUCCUCCUGGUCAGGCUAUGGUCUUUGCUCCGUCACAUGCGGGCAAGGUGUUCAAAUCAGAAACCGAAAACGAACCUGUAGGUCUCUUGCUAUUGGCCAAAACUGCACGUCUGCAACUAUCGAAACAGAUACGUCGCCCUGCAACUACGGGAUCUGCUGUGAUGAAAUAUGCUUGCAAUGGUCAGUUUGGCGAAACAAUUCUUGUUCUGUGACAUGUGGCGAUGGUACUCUAACUAGAUCAAGAACCAGAAUAUGCCCGUUGCAGUCUUGCGCUGAUCACGCAACGGAAGUGGAAAGUUGUAAUAGAGGGACCUGUCUUUCCACUUGUGAAGCGACUUGUAGCCCCUGGGGAAACGUCACAGCCUCGCCUUGUUCGGUAACGUGUGGAGGAGGUUCACGUGUCUACACAAGCAUACGUAACUGCACAUAUCCCGACUGCGUGAGUGAAAACGUUAUGGAAGAGAGCUGUAAUGUCCAUCCAUGUCCUAUUGCUUGUAAUAAGUCAUGCAGUGGCUGGAGUAAAUGGCAAGAUGGCGGAUGUUCUGCUUCCUGUGAUGACGGGGUGAUGAUCCGGAUGCGCACGAGGGAGUGCGACAUUGCUGGUUAUAACACAACAGACAAAAGAUCUGUUCCGUGUAGGAACAAAACAUGUACAGGUACUUGUGAUUUGCAAUGUAGCUCUUGGUCGGAAUGGCAGGAAGGAAACUGUUCCACGAGUUGUAAUGAAGGAGUAGUUGUCCGGGCUAGAUACCGAGCAUGUCCGGAAAAUGCUGCAGACUGCCGUCAAAAACAUGAAGUUGAAUCACCAUGUUACCUUAAAACGUGUCCUGACACUUGUAACGUCAACUGCAGUCAAUGGGGUGACUGGAAGUCAAGCCACUGUUCUACAAGCUGUGAUACCGGAAAUCUUAUUAAAAAGCGUUUCCGGAAAUGUCCGCUGAAAAUCAUGGAUUGUGUCCAUUCAGAAGAAGAGCCGUCCUCCUGUCAUUUACGAACAUGUCCAGUGACUUGUGAUCGCUUAUGUAGCCCAUGGGGGCAGUGGAUGGGCGUGGUCUGCUCGACCACGUGUGACGAUGGCGUUAUCACGCGCACCAGAGUUCGAACGUGUCGGUUCCAGAACAAAGACUGCGGAAUGUAUGAGAACUUGACCGCGCCUUGUAACAUGGGCACGUGUCCAGACACUUGUGAUAGCAACUGUACAGCAUGGAGCCCGUGGAUGAAGGUGGGGGCGUGUUCGCGAUCUUGUGGGUCCGGGCUCCAAACUCUCCAAAGAGUGCGGUCAUGUGGAAAGUCGGACUGUUCAGCACUCGAGUCGACCCAACAGCAUUGUAUGGAGGGAAUAUGUAUAGAUAAAAUAAAGGACAUCCGCCCUGUUUGUGAGUCUUCCGGAAUGUUCUACCCCCAUCCGACCGACUGUAGCAAGUUUUUCCAUUGUAUAUGGACAAUACCAGUGGAGCUGCAGUGUCCGUAUGGUACAGGCUGGGUCCAGGAGAGGGGAGUAUGUGAUUAUAAAUGGAGGAUACCGAAAUGUCUAUGA